AUGUCAACCACCACGACCGUUACGGCAUCCGCACCGGCACAAGCACCACCGGCACCGACGCCGCUCGGUUCGGCGCUGGACUCGGGCAAGGCGGGUAGCGGCAAGAUCAAGCGCCUACACCAGAUCCCGGUUCCCGAAUCCAAAGAAGCUGCCCGGAAAUGGCAGCUGGAACAGAUGGCGGCCGCGUUUCGCAUCUUUGCCAAGUUGGGCUUCUCUGAUGGCAGCAGUGGGCAUAUCAGUCUACGAGACCCCGUCAGACCGGAUACGUUUUGGAUCAACCCGUAUGGAGUGCACUUUGGCGUGCUAAAGGUGUCGGACAUGGUCCACAUCGAUGAGGAUGGCAACCGUAUCGGCGGUGCCGACAAGCCGGUAAAUACCGCCGGCUUCACCAUUCACUCCGUUCUCCACAAGAGGAGGCCGGAUAUCAACGCUGCCUGCCACAUGCACAGCCCGUAUGGCCGAGCGUGGAGCACCUUCGGACGUCCGAUUGACAUGCUUAACCAAGUCUACGAAGGUUUCGGCGGCGUAGUACUGGCAAAGGAAGAAGGCGAACACAUCGCCGAAGCCCUUGGCCCCAGCAACAAGAACAUCAUCCUCCAGAACCACGGGCUCCUCACCGCCGGCGGAACAGUGGCCGAGGCGGCUGCCUUCUUUAUCGCGCUUGAGCGGUGUUGCCAGGCCCAGUUCCUCGUUGAGCAGGCUGUUGCUCCUGGAACCAACGGCGCUGUUGGUGGAUUGAAGAAGACGUUUGUCGGCGAAGAGGAGGCACAGUACACAAAGGAUGGCACGGGUACACCUGAAGUCAUGUACAUGCAGUUUGUGCCAGAGUAUCAGUUAAUUCUGAAAGAGUCAGGCGGUGACUUUCUGUUAUGA